GUCAGUAUCGCCACAUGGUUGCAUGAGGCCACAUGAGAAAUAUAAAAGGUUAUAGAAGAUUAUAUUAUAUUUAUUUGUGCACCUGUUGAACGUUUUAUAAAUAAGAAAAAAUGGCUAGAAAAAGUUUGGCUGACAAAAUAAAUGACUUGAUUACGGUAAAACCGGAUUUUGGCUCCGAUGAAGAGCCUGAGGAGACGAAGGCGAAAAUAGUGGAGCAUUACGAUGAAAGCGAUGCCUCUAACGACGAGCUCCGACAGUCUAAAAUUCGCAGGCAAAAUGUAGAUACGUUGGAUAAAGUGGAUGAAAGAUAUGCCGGUAAAAAGGUCUCUAGAAAAGAUAUAUAUAGCGAGGAAGAUGAAAAUACGAGCGAAAAUAUGGAAAGUGAUGACUCUGGAGGAAACGAGGAGUUAGAAAGUACGCUGGAACAAGAUGACGAUAUGUCAGACGAUGAUGAAGAAUCAGAACAACAGGAGUCAGAAGAUGCUGAAGGUACUGUUUCCGAGGAAGAGGCUGAAUAUAGUAUGGAUAUAAGCAAUUUUAAUAAACAAAGUGAUUCUACUAUCAAAACAAUGUCUGACACAAAUGUUAGGGCGGAGAUAGAAAAAGGCAAUUGUAUUAGGAAUCAGCUGAAGACUUGGGAGAAUCUGUCAGAGAUGCGAAUAAAGCUGCAGAAGUGUGUUGUAACAAGUAAUCAAAUGCCGCAGUAUGACACGCAUAAGGAAUUCAGAUCAGAUGAAGAAUUUAUCAAGAAAGUCAACGAUGCUAAAGCUAAGCUAAUGUUGCUCGUGAGCAACAUGUUGCAAUUGAGAGAUCUCUUGCUGAAGCAAUAUCCCGAAACAAGAAAUCUAUGUGUCGGCUCUGAAAAGAGAAAAGCUGAUGAUGAGGAGGACAAAAAUACAGACGAUCCAAUGGAUGAAGAAAUAUCUUCCGACACGGAAGACGAGUUAGAAAAUAAAGAAGAAACUUUCACAGAUAAAGAUGCAGAAACGGCUAAGAAACCGCGAAAGCGACUGAAGUACAACGAGUGCGAAAAAGUUUUGCAAGAAAAUCACGAUUUGUAUAAAAAGUACAGAGAUUCAGUAAUAAAAAAAUGGAAUGACAAAACGCGAAUCGCCACGGGCGCGCUGAAUAAAAGCUCUGGUCAGAGCACGCUGAAACAAAUCGAAUUUGCCAUGAGCGACAUAAGCAAGUUACGGAAAAGGACUCAGCUGAAGCGCUCCGAAUACAACAUUGUCGGUAAAUCUACAAUGGAAGACAAUGACGGCAGAAGGAUUCAAGAGUAUGAUCCGGAAAUUUAUGAUGACAACGAUUUCUAUCAUCAGCUAUUGAAAGAUUUGAUAGAAUAUAAAUCAUCAGACGUGACGGAUCCAAUACAGCUAAGCAAACAGAUGAUCCGGCUGCAGAAUAUGCGUACGAAGAUGAAGAGAAAGAUCGAUACUCGCGCGACGAAGGGUAGAAGGGUGCGAUACAAUGUUCACACUAAAUUAGAAUUUAUGGCGCCCAUUACGGUGUACGAUACAUGGACCGACAGUGCGAAAAACGAGCUGUACAGUUCGUUGUUCGGUAAAAUUAAAUCGACUGAAGAGCAGAUAAAAUAUUUAUAGUUAUAAUAAAAUAUCUAUGGCUGUUGCAAAUUAACAAUGUUAUUCCUCAAAGAAAAGAUUGCAUUCGAUUACAUUAUUUAAUUCUACAAAACUGAAUUAUCUAAUUUGAUAAGACCGAUAGAUAAUUUUUCAUUUAUUGAAUCAUACAUUGUCUGUAUCAUUUUCACUAUUGAUUUAAUGUUAAAAUCGAUUAAGUACACAAUAAAAAUAAAUAGAUAUAUCACGAUUCAAUGAACGAAAA